AUGGCGCUUCGUCCUUUGAUUAAAAGGGCUCAGGCGGUGUUUCGUCGAACAUCGGCCGACAGGGAGGAGGCUGCGGCUUCUUCGGUCGAUACUGGGGCCGAUGUUGAUAGGACUACCGUUCAUAAUAGCAAGACGGAUGGAGAACGGAUCUCUCAUCCCGAAGAUGCACUUCCAAACAACGGUGCUGAGCUACCUGGUGUGCCCUAUGAAGAACUUCAACGUGGUGUCCAGGAGGCUGAGGCUGUGGCUCAAACCUGGUCCAAAGCCUCACUCAUAUUCGUCUUCAUCAACAUCUGGUUCCUCUACUUUGUCUACGCAUGGGUAUCAUCGGUGAACAGUAGUUUGAGCUCCUAUGUGGCUAGUUCUUUCCAGCAACACUCUCUAUCCGGUUUACCCACUGCUGUCGCCGACGCCUUUUCCGCUGCAGUAUUCCUUCCAGUAGCGAAGAUGAUGGAUACAUGGGGCCGUGCUGAAGGUUUCCUGCUCAUGUCGAUCUGCGCCACAAUUGGUCUGGUUCUUAUGGCCUCGUGCGACAGCUUCGCCAUUUACUGUGCUGCAAAUGUGUUUUACUACUUCGGUUUCAGUGGCAUGGAAUUUGCUGUGGACGUCAUUACUGCCGAUAUCUCUCAGUUGAAAAACCGAGCCCUUGCAUACGCUUUCACUUCAUCCCCUUAUAUUAUCACUGCCUUUGCUGGACCAAAGGUAGCAGAUGAAUUCAACGCUCACACCGGUUGGCGAUGGGCUUAUGGUACUUUCGCUAUCAUUUUCCCUAUCGUGGCUGCACCUUUGUACUUCGUUUUGAAGUUCAACCUUUCAAAGGCCAAGAAAGGGAAUGCUGUGGUCAUCAAAGAAAGCCACGGCAGGAACUUUUUCCAAAAUGUCUGGUUCUGGGUACUUGAGUUUGAUGUGAUCGGAGUCUUCAUCUUCACUGCCGGACUUCUGCUGUUUGAGAUCCCAUUCGAUAUUGCUAGUGAAGCUCCCAACGGCUGGGGCACUGGUUACAUCAUUGCUAUGAUUGUCGUCGGAUUCUCGAUGCUGUUCUUCUUCGCUCUCUACGAGCGCUUCUUUGCUCCGACUCCUUUGCUUCCCUACUCCUUCCUCACUAACCGGACUGUCGUCGGUGCCUGUCUCCUGGACGCAACAUACCAGCUUUCCAACUACUGCUGGAACAACUACUUCCAGAAUUUCCUGCAAGUUGUCAAUGAUCUUAGCAUUGCCGACUCCGGAUAUAUCGUGAAUACCUUCGACGUGGUAUCUGGAGUACUUCUAUUCUUUGUGGGAGCAGCCAUUCGCAAGACAGGCCGCUUUAAGUGGCUCCUCUACAUUUCCGUUCCGCUUUACAUCCUCGGCCAGGGCUUGAUGAUUUACUUCCGUCGUCCGGACCAGAAAGUCGGAUAUCAGAUCAUGUGUCAGAUCUUCCUUUCUGUCGGUGGAUCGAUCUUCAUUAUUGUCGAGCAGCUCUCUAUCCUUGCCGCCGUCGACCACCAGCAUGUUGCUACAGCGCUUGCCUUGCUCAAUGUCGUCGGCACCAUUGGCGAUUCUGCGGGUCUUACUAUCUGCACAGCUAUCUGGAGCAACACAUUCAAAAAGUCUCUCAUUCGGUAUCUGCCCGAUCUCUCAAAUCUGGACGCCAUUUACGAAGAUGUCGACACUCAACUGAGCUAUGCCGUUGGAACGCCCACCAGAAUUGCCAUCCAGAAUGCAUACAGCUACACUCAAGUCAGAAUGCUGGCCGCUGGUUUGGGUAUCAUGGUCCUCGCAUUCGCUUGGACCAUCAUGAUCAAGAACAUCGACCUGAAGAAGGUCGCCCAGGUCAAGGGUGUCGUAUUCUAG